AUGUCGCUGAUGCAAAGCACUCCGUUCAUUGUCGACGGCAAGGGCCACCUCCUUGGCCGUCUUGCCUCGAUUGUGGCCAAGCAGAUCUUGCUGGGCCAGAAGGUGGUUGUGGUCCGUUCGGAUCUCAUCAAUGUCUCGGGCAGCUUCUUCCGCAACAAGUUGAAGUACCUUGAGUUUAUGCACAAGCGUCACCUUGUGAACCCAUGCAAGAACGGUCCAUUCCACCACCGUGCUCCUUCGCGCAUUUUCUUCCGCGCGGUCCGUGGUAUGGUGCCGCACAAGACCGCCCGUGGCGCGGCCGCGCUUCAGCGCCUCAAGGUCUAUGAGGGCAUGCCGCCGCCAUACGACCGCAAGAAGAAGUUUGUUGUUCCGGAUGCGCUGCGUGUGCUGCGUCUCAAGCCGGGUCGUAAGUACGCUACAUUGAAGCGCAUCUCGAGCGAGGUCGGCUGGAAGUACCAGGAGACGGUCGACAAGCUGGAGGCCAAGCGUGUUGUCAAGCAGCAGGCCUUCCACGAGCGCAAGAUGGCCAACAUCAAGCGCCGUGCCGCUGCUGCCACGGCUGCUGCUUCCGAGUUGGAGCCUAUCAACAAGCAGCUCGAGCAGUACGGCUACUAA